GUCCUCCUCCCUCCGAUCAACUUCAUCUUCAAGCUCCUCCAGUCACGAGCAACGAUAUCAGUAUGGCUGUAUGAGAACCUGGGGCUGCGCAUCGAGGGAAAGCUACGAGGCUUCGAUGAGUUCAUGAACCUCGUUAUUGACGAGGCCGUCGAGGUUACCCUGGCCAAGAAGGAUGCGCCAGAGGAGAGGCGCAACAUUGGUCAAAUCCUGCUCAAGGGCGACAACAUCUCUCUCAUUCAGCAAUUACAAUAA